ACAACACUCAUCUUUCACCAAAUUAUUUAACUUUUUAUCUUCUCUUUUUCGUAUUUUAGCAUAUUUUCUCAAAGAGAAGAUCUAUAGAAAAUUUCCUGUGAUCUUUCUAGAUUAACUGAACAUGUCGCUAGACGGACUAGGAGGGAUGGCUUUUGCGGAGGCUUACACGGCGAGGAAGUUUCAUAGAGAAAACAUGGAGACUUUGACGUCAAGCACAGCCACAACCGUCGGUGGUGGAACCGAAGACAACGGUGGACGAUAUAGCCGGUGGUUUUUCGGUAAGCGGAGCACCAAGAAAAACUCGGCUAAAGUUUGUGAUCUAAUAACUAUAGAAUAAGUCGAUGGUCACAUCCAGAACUAAUCUAAGGAAUAAAAAAACUUUAUAUAUCUUUUGUGUUUUACUUUCUUUCUGCUUUAUAUUUGAUGAUGUGUAUUGUGAUUUUCUUUAUGAAAUUUUAGGUGAGAUUGUGUAAAGUGAUGAGAUUUCCUUAAAUUUUAUAUGGUUCAUGUGAUAA